AUGACUAAACCUGUUGCAAGAACCCUAUUCCCAGGGUCACACGAGUGGCCUGGAGAGUGCGUGCAGGACUUUUGCCUCACUGCACUUCCUAGAUGCCAAGAGGAAAUAUCACCGCGGGCAGAAGGUGGGAGAGCCAUCAAAAGGAUAUCACAGCUCAUUUUGGUGGAAGGUUUUCCAUGUCGCUUCGCGUACGUCUCCGGGAGAGCGCAGAUCGCACCCGGGGGCGGAGAGGAGGGGUGGGAGUGGGCGGAGGAGGAGGCCGGCGGGGCGGGGCCGGCGGGAUGGGGCGGGGCUGGAUGGGGCGCGCGCGUGAGCGUGCGCGCGCGCGCCCGGCAGCUGCAGGUCCGAGGCCGGACGGUAGAGGCCUCCCUUCUGAGGCGGCGGCGCGGCCGCAAGCGGCUAGGAUUCCGCUCUCCAACCCGCGCGUCCUUCCCGACGAGGUCCCUGUGCGGCCCGAACCCGGUGUCAGCUGUCUCCAGUCCUGAGGUCAUCACUCAUCAAGAGGGGAUAAUCCCAAGGACAGCAGGACCUGCUUCGUCACUUGGAUUUAGGAGUGACAAACCCAUCAGGCAACUAAACCGUAACAAUGACCCACCAUUAAACACACUGAGAGAAGAGCAUGAUGAGGAGAUUGUAGAGAAGAAUCCUGGAGCUCUUGCUGACAGCACCAAUGGAGACGCUGACCACUGUGAGCUCUGCCCAUUGAACUGCAGUUCAAUGCAGUUCAAAAUCUCCCCCUCCCGAGAGAUGCUCGGAUGCAGGCACAAUAUCAGUUCAGACCUAUAUGUGGACUCAGAGUGGAAAGAAUUUGGACUGUGAGGUAAACAGACCUGGUCUGAACUGUUAUUCUGCCACUUCCAUGUAAUACGUUUUUGGCAACAUUAAAAAAAAAAAAUCUG